UCUAUGAAGGUGCAUUUGACAGUCGAAAGGGUGCGCCGUAAACAUGUUAGUUUUAUGAGGACAAUAAUUUCUUUGUUUAACACUUUUAUGUCUUAACUUUAGUAGUAGGAUAUAGUCAAUUGGAUCAACUACUAUUGUGAUUAUGUAUUUCUGUAAAUUUUCUACUUGUUAGUGAUUAAGAACCUGUGAAGUGUUAUUUUGGUUCUGAACUCAAAAUGGCGCAUCAAAUGCCCCCUUCCGUGAAUUGUUCCCUUGAUGAUAUAGACCUCACAGCUCUCAAAGAUCCUGCUGGGAUUUUCGAGUUGAUAGAAGUCGUUGGAAAUGGUACUUAUGGCCAAGUUUACAAGGGCCGUCACACCAAGACGGGCCAGCUGGCGGCCAUCAAAGUUAUGGAUGUCACGGAGGAUGAGGAAGAGGAGAUCAAACUGGAAAUCAACGUGCUCAAAAAGUUUUCCAAUCAUCGCAACAUUGCCACCUAUUACGGCGCCUUCAUAAAAAAAUCACCGGCUGGAAAGGACGACCAGUUGUGGUUAGUUAUGGAAUAUUGCGGGGCAGGCUCAGUUACCGACUUGGUGAAAUCGACCAAAGGCCAGUCCCUGAAAGAGGAAUGGAUAGCGUACAUAUGCAGGGAGAUCCUGAGGGGUCUUUCUUAUCUACAUUCGAACAAAGUGAUACACAGAGACAUCAAGGGACAGAACGUACUGUUGACUGACAACGCUGAAGUCAAAUUGGUGGAUUUUGGUGUCUCGGCACAGUUGGAUCGGACUAUUGGUCGAAGGAAUACCUUCAUCGGGACACCGUAUUGGAUGGCUCCCGAAGUCAUUGCUUGCGACGAGAAUCCAGAGGCCACCUACGAUAACAGGAGUGAUUUGUGGUCGCUAGGAAUCACGGCGCUAGAGAUGGCCGAAUCGCAACCGCCCCUUUGCGAGCUGCACCCCAUGAGGGCGCUCUUCUUGAUACCAAGGAACCCGCCUCCAAGGCUGAAGAGUAAAAAGUGGAACAAGAAAUUUCAUGGUUUUAUCGACACGGUCUUAGUAAAAGACUAUCACGAAAGACCUUAUACCGAGCAAUUGCUCAAGCAUCCUUUCAUCAAGGACCAACCCACAGAAAGACAAGUAAGGAUUCAACUCAAAGAUCAUAUUGAUCGUUGCAAGAAGAGGAAGCAGGAGAAGGAGAGAGAGGACUAUAGGUACUCUGGUUCUGAGAACGAAGAAGAAGAGCCACAAGUCGCCGGAGAACCAAGUAGUAUAAUUCAAGCUCCAGGUGGGGAUACAUUGAGAAGGAACUUCCAACAGAUACAAGAGGGUAGAACGCUGAGUCAGGCGGUUGAACCACCUCCCAGGGGGGGAAGACACAAGGAUAAGGAAGAAAUACCAGAACCUGGACCACCGGCUAGACCUCCGAUACCUCAGCGAAUAAUAAUGGUACCGGAACCUGCACCUCCAAGAAGACCACUGCCACCGCCUCCUGACAAUUUUGUUUCAAGAUCACAGCAACAGCAGCAGCAGCAACAAAGGAAUUCGCAAUCACAACACAUGUUCAAACCUAUGGGUCCGCCACGAAAACCUGAGGAGUUGGACGCUCUGGCUGCUCACCUAAACGAAUUAGGUGUUCAGUCUUCGGCGCAACCCGAGGCGCCACCUAGGAAUAACAGGAACAGCAAGCAGGCGCAAUCGGCCGCCAACAACAACGUAUCGACGCCCGGAUCCACGAGCAAUCACACGCCCAGCAAUCAGUCCGGUGGCAUCUUGGACGCCCUGGACGAUAGCGAGAGCGAUUCCGAGCCCGAGGACAACGGAAGGGUCAGAAACGACGGGACUCUACUGGCCAGUGAUCCCCCGAAACCGCUGACCGGUUUAGGUUCGGUGCCGGAGAGCUCGUCGAGCGUUUCCAGCCCUGGCGCCGUGGGUUCGGGGUCGACCUCUGGCGGAGCGCCCAACCGUCCAUUACCGCCCACCCCUGACGAUGACGACGUACAAGGCGACAAGACGCUCGUGGUCCGAAGGCAGACUGCAGCCAGUCAAGCAAACGCUCCGUCUAAACCUGACGAUAUCGACGAAGCCACACUGCUGAAAGAUUGGGAUUUCGACAAGUUCUUUCCACAGAAUAAGAAAUUGCAGGAAAACACCUCUUCCUCCUCCAGCAGCUCCGGUAAAAGAGACAAACGUAAGAAAGAAACGAAAGACGUCAAAGAGGCCAAGAGCCCCAGCCAUCGAAGAAUGGACAGCGACUCGAAGGUUGGUCCGUUCUUGAGGGGUUUCAGAAGGGAAAAUUCUGAUCUGCUGCCUUUAGGAUCUAGACAUUCGGCGAUAUUUUUGGAUAGGACAAGAAGCAGCGGUAUAUUCAACAAUAGGAGGAGUUCAGACGCCGGUUUCAACAGCACCAAGAAUAACGGUGAGCCAGUUUUAAUGGACUACGUGAAACGAACGGAGUCUCCUAGCUCCACCAAGAGUGACAAUAGCAAAAAUGCAGCUAAUAGAAGUAGGGAACAUAGGCUUCCCGAAAGCGGACUGAUAAAAAUUGAAGAUGUUUUUAAGCCCAGACGGGAAAAGACCGAAUCCGACAUAGUUCUGAGGAAUUCUGACGCCAGAAGAAGCAUAAGAGAGAGCCUGGAGGCAAGGAGGAGAGAAACUGAUAUUAUGGAUAAAAAUAGGACUUCCAGGAGUACAGACACCAAUUCUGCUCUGCUAUCGAGCACCACUAACUCCUUUAGUGGUGAUGAAUAUUUGUUUAUUCAGAACGGACGCAGCGGUGACAAUAUAAGGCAAAGCAAUGUCUUGCCCGACUUGUUGAGUCAGGCUAGUGGAAGCCCUGGAACGCCCUCGGCCAGAGAUAAAUCCCAAAGUGAAGAGUAUCGGCAAGCGAUGUCACCCAUGCAUACUCCCUCUCCUAACAAAAUAUCGACACCCAUUAACGCUAACGCGCUUGCCCUACAACAGAAACAGCGUUCCUUCCUGACCUUCGGCUUCGGGGCAGGCUCUGCUCAGUCCAGGAGAGAAUCACAUGUCAAUGUGAAUGUCACACCCACCUCGCAUGAUCUAUCAUCGGACACUCCUGAAAUAAGGAAGUACAAGAAAAGGUUCAACAGUGAGAUCCUCUGUGCUGCCUUGUGGGGGGUGAACCUUCUCAUUGGCACAGAACAUGGACUGAUGCUGUUGGAUAGGAGCGGACAAGGAAAAGUAUAUCAGCUGAUAUCAAGGAGGAGGUUUCAACAGAUGGAGGUGCUAGAAGGACAAAAUAUCCUGGUUACAAUUUCAGGAAAAAAGAAUCGUGUUAGGGUAUAUUAUCUAAGUUGGCUCAAAAGUAAAAUCCUUAGAACAGAUGGUGUUAGUGAUCAAGUGGAGAGGAGAAACGGCUGGAUAAACGUCGGUGAUCUACAGGGUGCUGUGCAUUUUAAAAUUGUGAAAUAUGAAAGGAUAAAGUUUCUGGUGAUAGCUUUAAAAGACAGUAUAGAAAUUUAUGCGUGGGCACCAAAGCCCUACCACAAGUUCAUGUCAUUCAAGUCAUUCUGCGAGCUGACCUACAGACCGCUGUUGGUUGAUCUGACUGUGGAGGAGGGAACUAGGCUGAAAGUGAUAUAUGGCAGUGCUGAAGGGUUCCAUGCAGUUGAUCUGGACUCGGCUAGUGUUUAUGAUAUCUACCUCCCUAAACUAGUAAGUUUUUUAUUUUUUUAUUUAGGUCGCCAUCAAAUUGUUAUCAUCUAUUUUUUUUUCCAGACUCAAGGUUCCAUUACGCCACAUUGCAUCGUCACGUUACCUAACAGCAAUGGAAUGCAACUGUUGCUUUGUUACGAUAAUGAAGGUGUCUAUGUGAAUACCUAUGGUAGGAUUGCCAAGAACAGCCUACUUCAGUGGGGUGAGAUGCCCACAUCGGUAGCUUACAUAGGUACUGGUCAAAUAAUGGGCUGGGGCAACAAGGCCAUAGAAAUCAGAUCGGUGGAAUCGGGCCAUUUGGACGGGGUGUUCAUGCACAAAAAGGCGCAAAGGCUGAAAUUCCUUUGUGAAAGGAACGAUAAAGUGUUCUUCUCUAGUGCAAAGAGUGGUUCCUCCUGUCAGAUUUACUUCAUGACCUUGAACAAACCUGGCAUGGCCAAUUGGUAACGUUUAGAUGAAAAUUGACUUUGCUUAUAGCGACUCCCUAAAAUGAAAGUGAAAGACUAAAAUGAUUAUUGAUUGUAUGUUGGAUGUUUUGUAUGAGGAAUCAAUAUCAAAAUUGUUUUCACUACUGAUGAAUGUAAGCUUGGACGUUUCCUGUUUGGACUAUUUGUAUGGUUGGUACGGAUGCUGACUGAUAGUAAUUUGAUUUUUAUAAUUCCUUAGAUGGAUGAGUGUAAAACAGAGAUCCUUCUUUUCAGAAAGUGUAGAUUUCUUUUCUAAUGAAAAAUAAAUUUUCACACUGUUUGAUGUAGAUAAAUGUAGAUGAAACCCAGAAAUUUGUUUGUCCACUCUGAAGAGUGGUUUUGAAAGCAAUUAUUUGAACGAAAUCGACAUCACGAUCUCCCGUUUUUUACUUACCCAUAUUCGAGGAAUGGGGUAAUCUCAAAACUAAAUCUGUGAUAUUCAUAAGUCAGCUUUUGUCUUCAUUUCAAACAUUUCUAAAAGCGGUUUUAAAUGAGCUUUUGAGAUAGAUUCAACGUGUAUAAUUCAUCAGUCUUGUUGAUUACUUUUGGAACUGCUCUGUACCAUCAUAUAAAUUCCUCCAGAACGUUGUUGACAGGAAUAUUCUUGUUUUUCAUCAAAUCGACAAUUACUGACUUGUAUCAACUGAAGCAAUAAGUUGAUUAUAGUAUUCAGUUUUUUCUCUCGUCAUACUCAUGAGGGCCAUUUUCCAAGUAUUACAAAUUAUUUUAAAGAGGACAUCGAUUUUAACAAAAUUGAUUCACUUCACUUUUAUUCCAUAAGUAUUUUUUUCAAGUUCCAAUUUUUCAGUUCCUCUUUUCUGAAUCUACCUUUUUAGUGGGACUAUUAGCAAAGUUAUUUAAUUUAUAAUUUAUUUAGUGCCAAUCUCUUCUUUAUAGUGGGAUCGAAAUGAAAUGCUCACUAAAUGUAGAUAAGUCCAGUAUAGUGUAAUGAUACUUUGAUAUAAAAAAUUCGAGAAUUUGUAUGUAAUCAAAAAACAAAUUCUCGUCAUUUGUUGUAUAUAAUGGAUAGCUGAGGGAAUUUUUGAAAAAAUUCACAGUGAAGUGUUAGCCUAAAGCACACAAAACAUAGGCUGUAUUAAUUUUCUUUUGCACAGAAAGUCGAAAAAAUUUUAUACUAAAUGAACCAUUAGUAAAUGUCUGUAAUAAAUGUUAUUUUUUGUUGUUAUUGGUGCAAUCAAGACUGUCUGAUUUGUGUAACUUCAGAGGAAGUCCCCAAAUAUUUCUGAAGAAGAAUUCUGCUGUUAUUAUAAUUCUUCAUUUGAUGAAUUUUCUUUCUUUGGAAUACAAUUCAUUUGGAAAAAUCCAUAUUCUUUGAAAUUUUUGUUUGCUCUUGAGUUAAUUUUGUAGAAUAUGUGUUAUUUUCACAAUGGAAAUUUCAGAGGAAAAAAAUAUAAAAAAUAUCAUAAAAAACAUAAAAAAUUGAAAUUAGCUUAUUUUUCUAUUACAAUAUCUUUUCGUUGAUUUAUCAUCAUAAAUCAACUUACUUUUAUCACUGGUUCAGAUGCACAAUAAGUGCACUUCUUUUGCUGUUUGGGGAUUCGCCUCCUUUAUGUAACCCAUUUUUCAUAGCAAAUAAUUGACAUUUUAGUCUGUUCAGUCGAUUAAUAUCAUUAGUGCAGUACAUAUAUAUUUUGCAUCAUAUACUACUUAAUUUAUAAGCAAAAAAUAUCUUACUCUUGAUGAUUUUUCCAAAGAGUUGGUAUAAGUGUGAUUUUUUAUGAAUGAGUAACAAUUAUAUAAAUCAAAUCAUUUUAUUAAUAAUAUUAUUCCAAAUAUUAAAAGUUAUAUAUUAUA